AUGGCGCCGUCGCAGAAGAGAUCAAUUGAGGAUGACUUUAUCCAUACCCUCUCGGAUAACGACGAUCAAAUCGCCGAGAACGAGGAAGUUGCCGUUCAGCCUCCCAAGAAGAAGGCAAAGACCAACAAGAAGUCGGCCAAGAAGAGCAAAGAUGAGGAGCCUCAACCGGAAGAAAACGAAGGUGUCUGGGGACAGAAGGAUGAGAACGAUGGCGCCAUGGACUCUGAUUUUGAAUUCAUGGUCGACGACGCUGGCGACCUCGGCGAGGAUGAGUUUGAGGGAUGGGGAUUCGAAGGCGCAAAGAAGGGAAUGGCCGUUGAGAAGGCCGGCGUCGAUCUGGACGAGAUUAUCCGAAGACGAAGAGAAAAGAAGAACCAAAAGGCCGGCAAGGAAGAAGAUAUUUCUCCGGAUGAUGAAGCCGAAAUUGACAUGGACGACGACGAAGACGGAGUGUUGGCAGACGAUGCAUUCGGCAUGAACGUGGACUCGGAUGCCGAAGAGUCGGGAGAGGAUGCCGACGCCAACAGUGACAAAGAGGAUGAUGGCGACAAGGACGAAGACGAAGACGACGAUGCCGCUUCGGACAAUGAUUCGGUAGCCACGCCCGUCGGCCACCCUGACGAUAUGUCUGACGAUGACGAUGAGGAAGAUGCCGAGGAGAAGGCCAAACGAGACGCCUUCUUCGCCCCUGAAGAAAAGCCAAAACCUGGACAAAAGGUGGAUGUUUCAUCGUUCCAGGCCAUGUCUCUGUCUAGACCUAUUCUCCGCGGUAUCACCACUGUUGGCUUCUCGAAACCAACCCCCAUUCAGGCCAAGACCAUCCCCAUCGCUCUCAUGGGCAAAGAUCUUGUCGGUGGUGCAGUUACAGGUUCCGGAAAGACAGCAGCAUUUGUGCUUCCCAUCCUGGAGCGACUUCUUUACCGACCCAAGAAGAUUCCCACCACACGCGUUGUGAUCCUUACUCCAACCCGUGAGUUGGCAAUCCAGUGUCAUGCCGUGGCUACAAAGCUUGCAGCGCAUACAGACAUCAAGUUUACUCUGGCUGUUGGAGGUCUUAGCCUUAAGGCUCAAGAGGUGGAGCUUCGGUUGAGACCAGACGUGAUUAUUGCCACCCCUGGACGAUUCAUUGACCACAUGAGGAACUCGGCUAGUUUUUCUGUCGAUACCGUUGAGAUCCUGGUGCUUGACGAAGCCGAUCGAAUGCUUGAGGAUGGAUUCGCCGAUGAGCUUAACGAGAUUCUCACUACGCUACCCAAGUCGCGCCAAACGAUGCUCUUCUCCGCUACCAUGACUUCCACCGUCGACCGUCUCAUCAAGGUCGGACUGAACAAGCCCGUUAGGGUCAUGGUGGAUUCGCAAAAGAAAACUGCGGGCACAUUGACUCAGGAGUUUGUGAGACUUCGCCCAGGACGUGAAGAGAAGCGGAUGGGCUAUCUGCGUAUUGCUAGUGUUGAGUCAUUCCGAGACGGCAAGGUUUGCUAUCUAUUGGCAACAGACUUAGCCUCUCGUGGUCUUGAUAUCAAGGGCGUUGAUACAGUCAUCAAUUACGAAGCUCCUCAGUCAGUGGAGAUUUACGUGCACAGGGUUGGUCGAACGGCUCGUGCUGGACGCCAUGGUACAUCAGUGACCCUUGCUGCCGAACCCGACCGCAAAGUCGUCAAGGCUGCUGUCAAGGCUGGCAAAGCUCAGGGAUCCAAGAUUAUAAGCCGCGUCAUCGAAGUCAAGGAUGCCGACAAGUGGCAGGCCGAGAUUGAUGAGAUGGACGAUGAGAUUGCCGAGAUUGAGAAGGAGGAGAAGGAGGAGAGACAGCUUGCUCAGGUUGAGAUGCAGAUCAAGAAGGGCGAGAACAUUAUCGAGCAUGAGGCCGAGAUCAAGUCCAGACCAAAGCGAACAUGGUUCGAGACACAGCAAGACAAGAAGAACGCCAAGCAGGCCGGAAGGGACGAGCUGAAUGGACCGCGAGCCGCAAAGAAGAAGGGCGGCAACGUCAAGCUGAGCAAUAAAGACAAGAAGAAGCUGGAUGCAAAGGCAGAGCGAGUGGAUAAGAGCAUGGGCUGGAAGAAGGAUCGCUACCGCGAGCGGCUGUUCGAUUUUCACCUCGACACCCUCCCGAAGCUCAAGUACCGCAUCCAGAGCCGCAUAUACCGUUACAUACUUGGUCGGCAGAGCAAGCGACGAGCCCUGAGUGGCAUUCCGGUCCCAAGAGCAGACCAAAACCAGGGCGCCGUGCCUCUUAACCCGAACGAUGAACUACGAGAACAGGAGAAGAUUGCGCAAGAAGCUGCCAUGAUCGAGCGCAGGGGGCGGGAAGAGAAGCGCAUAGCAAACAGUGGCGCCUACAGCGAACAACCCCGUGAGGAUACCAGCUUUGGGGGGCCUGCAUACCCUCUGCCCAGGCCGCUGCCUGCCCGAGGCGAUAGUCGAACGCCGGACUCGCUCUCGGGGAGCCCCAAACUGCCGACUAGACAGAAUUCAUCAGUAGCCAACGAACUCACGGAAGCCGAGUUGGCUACAGCAAACGCCAACCUGAUGGCCAGAAUAGCGCCAUUCAUGACGAACCCCUUGGUCGCUCUCCCCAUCACAAUAUUCUUCUACAAUGAAUCGAAAUCCCAAUCUCGAAACGUUCUCACCGACGAUGCCGGCCACUUUGCUAUUCGUGCGCCACUGGAUUUCGUUCCUACUCACGUCAAGAUUCUCGUAAACGAAGGCCUCUCGACCACGCAAGAAGUCAAGUAUAUCGAGCCAUAUGGCGUCAGUCUCAUCAGCGAUAUCGACGACACUGUUAAAAUGUCCAACAUCUCAGCGGGUGCUAGGGAGAUUUUCAGAAACACCUUUGUGCGGGAGUUGGCUGACCUCACAAUUGAAGGAACCAAAGAAUGGUACGGGAAGAUGCAAGACCUAGGUGUGAGCGUACACUACUGCUCCAACAGCCCCUGGCAGCUGUUCCCUAUGCUAGCCACCUUCUUUAAGGUAUCUGGGCUUCCUCUUGGGUCUCUACACCUAAAGCAGUAUUCAGGCAUGCUGCAGGGCAUCUUUGAGCCCGUGGCAGAGCGAAAGAAGAAUACGCUAGUCCGCCUCUUGCGAGACUUUCCACAGCGAAAGUUUCUCUUGGUUGGCGACAGUGGAGAGGCCGAUCUGGAAGUGUACACGGAGCUGGCAUUGGCGUAUCCUGAGCGAAUACUUGCAGUCUUCAUUCGAGAUGUGACGACUCCUGAAACCGCGGGGUACUUUGAUUCAUCUUUUGAGAUGACUCGGCGGACAAUGUCUGGCUUGACCUUGAAUAGCAACAGUGGCCCUGCAAACAAUCGACCAGCCACACGGCAGAACUCGGCUCCAGGCUCAGUUAGUGACUCGAAGCCUCCUACCGGACCGGUGAUGGGUACUCUGAUAGACUUUUCCGAUGAGCCUGAAGAAGCAAAGAUAGAUGACGUCGCAGUCUUGGAGCAGAUCAAGAGAUCAAGACCAGGUCCGUCAGCGUCAGUCAGUGCAACAGAUUUGCUCGCUCGAAAGCCCCCGCCGCCUCCUCGUCCGGCCAAGCCCGCGGCUCUAGCCAGCACUCCCGCUAUACCAACCGCCAGGAAAGGGUCAGUAGGCCUCGGGAUAUCAGGGGCUGCUACAAAUAACAGCUCCGAACCACCGCCGCCGCCACCAAGGAAGCCCGUCGGCCAAAGCGGCAACCAGCCAGUCCAUCCACUGGCGCAGAUACAGAACUCGUCUCAACAGACAAUCGAGUCCACCAAGACGGCCGACAAGCCGCCGCCUCCUCCACCGCGCCGCAGUACCAAGAACCUUAGCCCGCGAAUGGUCGCGUACUUUCGCGGUCCGUCGUCCAACUCAGACGUCGACUUUGAUCCACUCCCGCCUUCGCUCGCGCCUGUGCCCGCAGCUACUGGGUUGUCGUUCUAUCGUCCCAAUAGCCGGUCGGGAAACACUUCGCCUUCGGGAUCGCCUACAAUGGGCGCGGUGAACAAGAAACUCGAGCUGUGGAGGCGGCGUCUGGCCAGGGCGCAUGACCAGCUUGAUCAUUUGGGCGUGGCGCUGUAUACGUGGCGGAAGGGGCAGGAUGUGGAAGCUGAGGCUGUGGGGAUUAUUAAGCGGUAUAUGGAGGAGUUGGAAAAGGAGAAGAGGAUGAGGAGGUCAUAG